AUGGCAUCAUUUGCUGGCCUGGGACCCUUCUCCGAGGUCAAGAACCCUUUGAUGGGCGUAGACGAAUAUCCCGAGCUCGCGCCGGCUGCGCCAUGUUCACUGCUUGGUUCCCUAAGCACCAUGGGUACGGAUUCAGGGGCAGCCUCAGAGGGGAAGAGGUGCGCAGCAUCACCACCAGCAGAUAUCCUGGUGUGUGCGGGUGUUAAAUUGUUGUCUUCCUUAAAGGAGCACCUGAGUCCGACGUGGAUCCUGAAUGGAUUCUCUACCUACAUCUGGCCUUUGCAGCACUUUCAUCCAUCUUCCCGCCUCAAAAAGAAGGAAGUUCAGGAGAGGGAGGAGCGAAAAAGAGAAUGGGACUCGAAAGAACGGAGGGACACCACCACUGACACCAUCCCUGGUCGGCCUCCGUGUUGA